AUGGACACUCGUCACUAUGGUAACGAGCUCACAACGGAGUGGUGGGACCCUCUGUGGCUCCUGGAACGAAGGGCUUUGCGUCGGUGGAUAGAGUAUUCUGCCGUGGACCACUGUUCCGGACAGACGUACCGUGGGCCCCGUCUGACGUGGUACGAGAUUUUUGACGCCAUCUCUACAGCAACAGGAGCGUCCGUGAUCCGCAUGUUGCACAAACUACAUCGGAGACGAGGUUUGAGCGCUGCCUGCCAGGAUUAUGGGAGUGUCUGGAGCAGGCCAGCGCGCAAACCCAUCGACCGCGGUGAUGAGCUCGUGAUCCAACCGAUGGGAUUUCCAAUCAUCGUCGCUCGACCAAGAGCAGGGCGGCGGAGAUCAGCAAGGCCUCAAAAGGCACUGCCGAGUUCAAGAAGUGUGGGAGGCGGCGACAUAAGGCACUAUGAGCGCGAGCGGGCGACGCCCACGGAGGGGGGGGUUUCUCCGAGGGAGGCGGGUGGGGGGGGGUUUAUUGGGGGCAAGGGGUGGGGGGACUCCACGUACCAGUUGUCCCCACAUGUCGUGUACCGAGGUGGUGGGGCCGAGGGGAGUCAGGGGGGGGCGGGGGGGGGGGAUCCUUCCGCCUUCCGUCUGGGGGGCGGGGGGGGGGGGGGGGGGGGGUGGGGGGGGGGGGGGAUAGGGGGGGGGGGGCGGGGGGGGGGGGGGUGGGCCCUCGCCGGGUUCUGCUCGGGGCAAGGUACAGGUGCUGAAACUGCGGGGGUCAAUUGGGAGGCUUAUGUAGUGCCGGUACACCGGUCUGGGGGGGGAGGGGGCAGCCCGGGGGUGGGGGAGGGGGGUGGGGGGGGGGGGGGGGGGGGGGGGUACGGGGGGGGGGAAGGGAGGGGGGAUCGCGUGGGGGGUGAAGGGGGGUCGGGGGGGACUGAGGGGGGGGGGGGGGGGGGGGGAGGGUGGGGGGGGGUGGGGGUCCGCGGCCCUUUUGGGGGUCUUCCAGCCGGCCCGGAUGGCACGGGGGGUGGGGUGCCUCGCCUAUCGUUUGCCCAGUGGUGUGGUGGGGUGUGUGGGUGUGUGGUGGGGGGGCCGGGGGUACCUGGGGGGGGGGUACGCCACACCCCCAACCCUGUCGGAUAUGGGGGGGGGGGGGGGGUGGGGGGGGGGGGGAGCAGGGGUCCCCACCUCCAGGAGUGGGGUAGGACUACACGGGGGGGUGGUUGGGGUGGUGGGGGUCUCCCCUUCCGGGUGGGGGGGGGUCCCGAGGGGCUCCUCAGCGAGGGUACGGGGGGGGGGGGCCCUUACCGGGGGGGGGGGGGCGAUCUCGGUGGGGGACCUCCCCUUGGGGGGGUCACUGGGGUGGGGAUGGGUGUUAUCGGUUGGUUAAACUCAGGUCCACAGGGUACGCCGGGGGUAUCCACCGGCUCUCACUGUGGGGUCUUGUUCGCGGGGGGGGGGGGGGGGGGGGGUGGGGGGGGGUCUACCGGGGGGUCCACGGGGGUCAGGGGGUGGUCUUUGCGAGUGUCGGGGGUCGGGGGGGGGGGGGGUGUUUGGUUGGCUCCCAGUUGUGGGGGGGGGGGGGGGGGGGGGGGGGGGUUGGGGGGGAUCGGACUCACUGAAGCGGGGGAACUCGUAAUGAAGGGGGGGGGGGGGGGGGGGGGGGUGUGGGUGGUGGGGGGGCCUUCGGGGGGGGGUCGCCCUAGUCCCGCGUGUGGGUGGUGGUGGUGUGUGGUGUGUGGGUGGGGGGGGCGGGGGGUUGGGGGGGUUGGGGGGGUCGGGGGUCCCUACGUCCACACCGCAGGGAUAGGGGGGGGGGUCUAUGUCCCAAUUUGCUGGUGGGGUGGGGGUGGGGGGGGGAAUCAGGGGGGGUUGGGGGUGUGUCGUAUCGGGUCCUGGUCCUGGGGUAGUUCGGGGAUAAGGGGGGGAACCACAUCCCAUCGGGACUUCCGUGCCUCAUCGGGGGUGGGUGGGGGGGGCGGUGUUUCCCCUGACACCUCUAAUGGGGGGUCUCACAUUCGGGGGGGUCGGGGGGGACCAGCCGGGGGGGGGGAGGGGGGGGAGGGCGGGUGGGGUGGGGGGGGUGGGGGUCUAGUGGGGUGGGUGGGGGUGAUUGGGGGAACCCGUGGUGGGGGGGGUUCCGGGGCCUACUUGGGGGGCGGGGGGGGGGGGGUGGGGGUUGGUCCGGACACCAACCCCAACACAACCCAACCCCCCCCCCAACCCACCCCCACUGUUUGUUGUGGGGGGUGGGGGGAAGGGGGGGGGGUGGGGGGCGACAUUACAGGAGAUGGGGCCCUCGGGGGGGGGGUUCCCAGGGGUGGAUCUCGGUGUCCUACUUCAAGUAUGGGGGGGGUGGGGGGGGGGUCCGCCUUGGGGGGGGUUGGGACGGUUGGGGGUGGGGGAACCCUGGGUGGGGGGGGGGGGUGGGGGGGGGGGGGAAUAGGGGGGUUGGGGGGGGGGGGGUUGGCGGGGGGGGGAACGGGACUGGGGGUCGGGCGGGGGGGGGGGUGGUUCUACGGGUGUACGGGGGAUAGUGGUCUGGGGGUUGGGACCGAGGGGGUGAGGGUUAUGGGGGGGGGGCCCCCUGAUACCCCCCAUCGGCGACCCCCCGGAAGGGGGGGGGGCGGUCCCCCCCCCCACACAACCUGGUUCACUUCAGCUUGGGGGGGGGGGGGGGGGUGGGGUGUGGGGCGUCCAGUAGGCGGGCGACCCAAGCCGGGAUCUCCUCGUGUGGUGUGGUGUGUGGGGUGUGGGGGGGGGGGGGCUGGGGGGGGACCUCCCCCCGCGGGGGUGGGUCGGGGGAGGGGGGGGGUGGAUAUCUUGUGUGUUGUGUGGUGGGCACUCAUUAGCCUGUGGUUGAGUGUCACAGUUCGCGCGGGGGGAGGUGCUGGGAGGGGGUCUGUGGGGGGGUGGUGGGGGGACCUCAAGAUGGCCCACACUUCAUUCCCCAAACCACACACCCCCCCCUCACACCACCCCCCACCCCUACCUCAACACACUACACUUGUGUUACCCUCCCCGGGAGGGGGCGAGGGGGUGGCCGGGGGUCGGGGGGGGGGGGGGGGGGGGGGGGGUUCGGGCCGGGGGGUUGGGGGUGUACAUGUCCGGUGGGGGGGGGGGGGGGGGACGGGGGGGGGGGGUCGGGGGGUAAACCCCGUGGGGGGUACCACCGUGGGGGGGGGGGGUAUUACAUGGGGGAUCUGCGUAAGACGCCCGGGGGGUGGGGGGUUGGCGCCGGUUUUGGUGUUUGGGGGGGUGGGGGGGGGGGCCUACCUAUGGGGGGGGGGGGUUUCUUAUCAUCGGUUCAGAGUAUUGGGGUUGUGGUGUGUGUGUGGGGGUUCCCUGCUAGCAAGUGGGGGGGUUAGCUGGGGGGGCGGUCCCUUGGGUCCUCCGCGCCGGGGGGGGGGUCAGCCCGGGGUCGGGGGGGGGUCUUGGGGGGGAGGCUCCGGGGCGGGGGGGAGGGUCCGGGGGGGGAAUUCGGGGAUCAUAACUCAAGCUCUAAGACGUCUGGGGGGGUUGUCCACCGGUGUCGGGGGUCGGGGGGGGGUUCCAGCCUGGACCCAGGGGGUCUCCACCCCGAAAUCCAAAGGGCAAGGGGGGGGGGGGGGGGGGGGGGGGGAAGGUGGGUUGGGGGAAGCCUCGGGGGGGGGGGGACUACCGACCAGUGGGGGGUCGUGGGGUGGGGUCAUGGUCAGGGGGGGGGGUCCCUGUAGGGGGUUGGGUGGUGGGGGGAUUUCCAGGGUACCGGACUGGUGUCCGUUGGUGUCCCGGGGGGGGGGCGGGAGGUACCCGCCAUCGUCUUCGGGUCAUGGAAGGUCACUGGCCCCCUGGUGGGAACCUGUGGGUUAUCCACAGAAGGAGGGGGGGGUGCUGGGGGGGGUGGGGGGCGGGAAUUGGGGUGAGAACCCUCCGGGGGGCCGCGGGAGGGUCGUCGGGGUCCCGGGGGCCCGGGGGGGGGCGGGGGUUUGGUCCCUGGUGGGGGUGGGUGGUGGGGGGGGGGGGGGCGGGGGGGGGGGGGGGGGGUCGCGGUUCCGCGUUCCCCGCACCGGUUGGGUGGGGGACCCAGGGGGGGGGGGGGGGGGGGUCGCGCUGGUGGGGGGGGUACCUGUCUGGGGGGGUCCCCACUUGGGGGGGGGGGGGGGGGUGGGGGUCACUGGGGGGUGUCUUUCCGGGGUCCCCGCUUCCCGGGGAAGGGGGGGGGGGUGGUGGCGGGGGGGGGGGGGGGGGGGGUGGGGUGACCGCGUGGUCGGGGGGGACCGGGGGGUUCCGGUCGAGGGGUUGUAUCGGCUCCCUGUCUCAAUCCCUCAACCGUUGCCCGCCGGGGGGUGGGGGGGUGUGGGUGGGGCUCUACUCCUCACCGGGGCGGCUCCCAUUGGGGGGGGCAUCCAUCUAGGGGGGCUCGGGCGGGGGGGGGGGUGGUGGUGGCGGGGGGGGGGGGUCCAAACCGUGGUUAGUGUGGGCGGGGGGGGGGACCGAACCGCCGUACCCCUAUACCUGGGGGGGGGUGAGCGGGGGGGGGGGUGCAGGAUGCGGGGGGUGGGGGUCACAAGAGGGGUGGCCCCGCCCCCCGCAUACACAGUGGGCGUGUGGGGGGGUUGA